AUGGAUCAGCCAAACGAUUAUUUUCGCUAUAUUUAUAGUUCAUCAUUGAAUGAAUUGGUGCAAAUAAAAAUAGGCACCCUUGAGGGCAAAAAACGCCAACCGGACUAUGAAAAACUGCUCGAAGAUCCCAUUUUACGCUUCUCCGGCCUUUAUUCCGAAGAGUGUCCUUCGUUUCAGGUGCGUUUACAAAUUUUCAAUCAAGGUCGUCCCUAUUGUUUGCCAGUAACCACCUCCUAUAAAGCAUUUACCAAACGUUGGAGUUGGAAUGAAUGGGUUACGUUACCAUUACAAUUUUCCGAUUUACCACGCACAGCAAUGCUGGUGCUGACCAUACUCGAUUGUGCUGGCGCCGGACAAACGUCCGUGAUUGGUGGUACCUCAAUAUCAUUGUUCGGUAAAAAUGGUAUGUUUCGUCAGGGUAUGUAUGAUUUACGUGUUUGGUUGGGUGUUGAGGGCGAUGGGGGAUAUCCCUCUAAAACGCCUGGCAAAGGAAAAGAUUCUUCGAAGUCACAAAUGCAACGUUUGGGUAAAUUGGCGAAAAAACAUCGUAAUGGCCAAGUUCAGAAAGUCGACUGGUUGGAUCGUUUAACAUUCCGUGAAAUCGAACUAAUCAAUGAACGUGAAAAGCGUAUGUCGGAUUAUAUGUAUUUAAUGAUUGAAUUUCCUACGGUGGUUGUGGAUGAUUGUUAUACGUAUUCCAUUGUGUAUUUUGAACCUGAAGGUGAUAAGAAUUAUAAAUUCCUCAAUAAACCAAAAUUAGUGACUGUUCCUGAUUCGGAGAUUUUGCAGGAAAAUCUCGUCGAAAGAAAACAUCACCGUUUGGCCCGUUCCGUAAGGUCACGUAUUUCCGAUCGAGAUGCUAAACCCACAGCAAGCAUUCGUGAUCAAUUACAUACCAUAGUCUAUCGUUAUCCCCCGACAUGUGUAUUGAAUAGCGAAGAACAGGAUUUGCUAUGGAAAUUCCGUUUCUAUUUGAGUUCUCAUAAGAAAGCGUUGACGAAAUUUUUGAAAUGUAUUAAUUGGGAAACACCCGGUGAAGUUGAGCAGGCCCUCAUACUUCUGAAUAAAUGGGCACCCAUGGAUGUUGAAGAUGCCUUAGAGUUGUUGAGUCCAAGUUUUAAACAUCCACAUGUGCGGAAAUAUGCCAUCAGCCGUUUGGCCCAGGCGCCCGACGAAGAUCUUUUAUUAUAUCUCCUGCAAUUGGUUCAAGCUCUAAAAUAUGAGAAUUUCUCCGAUAUAAUCGAGUCGCACAAACGUCUAUUUCCCGAUCGUGAUAUAGUACGUUCAUUGGAUGAUAAUUCAACGUUAUUCGAUCAAAGUUCCUUGUGUUCAGAAUUGAGUAUAGGAGGUGGUGGUGGUGCUGGUGGUACAAUGGGUAGUACAUCCUCUGUUUUGACUGCCACCCAGCGCAGUGGCAUACAACGUCCCGGUGUGCAAAUAGAACGUUCCACCACAAUGCCCAUGGCAAUAUCGGUAAACUCCUCACUGGCCGAUGAUAAUGAAACCUCAAUUGGCUCCCUGCCAUCCGAUGUAUCCAACACCUUGAUGAGUGACAACAAUACAAAUGUUCAAUAUUCUACAAUGACCAAUGCUGCGACAAACCUCGCCACAUUCCUUAUACAAAGAGCUAGUCGGAAUCCGACAUUAGCCAACUACUUAUAUUGGUAUCUAUCCAUCGAAGUGGAAGAUUGUGAAUCAGUGCGCAAACAAGAUGAAAGUGUACACGAAAUGUACGAUAUGGUAUUGAAAAUGUUUUUAAAAGUUCUGGAAAAUGGCAAUUUCUAUUUGCGUGGUAUAUUCUAUAAUUUGAGAAAACAACAACGUUUCAUCGAUGAAUUGGUGCGUUUGGUGAAAAUUGUCGCCAAAGAACCGGGUAAUCGUAAUAAGAAAACGGAGAAAUUUCAGAAGUUGCUAUCCGAAGCAGAUACAUUUAAGAUCAACUUUACAAAUUUUGAACAGAUACCAUUUCCAUUGGAUCCGGAAAUUUAUAUAACGAAAAUUGUACCAUCGAAGACGUCGCUGUUUAAGAGUGCCCUGAUGCCGGCAAAGUUAACAUUUGUUACAUCGAUUGCCCAACAUGAAUAUGUGGCAAUUUUCAAACAUGGCGACGAUUUGCGGCAAGAUCAAUUGAUUUUACAAAUGAUCACGCUAAUGGACAAAUUGUUGAGGCGGGAAAAUCUAGAUCUUAAAUUAACACCAUAUAAGGUUUUGGCAACCAGUUCCAAACAUGGUUUUCUACAAUAUAUCGAUUCCUAUACAGUAGCUGAUGUUUUGGCGCGCGAAGGUAGUAUAUUGAAUUUCUUUAGGAAACAUAAUCCCUGUGAUUCGGCACCAUAUGGUAUACUACCGGAAACCAUGGAUACCUAUAUAAAAAGUUGUGCUGGUUAUUGUGUUAUCACCUAUUUAUUGGGUGUGGGUGAUCGUCAUUUGGAUAAUUUACUACUGACCACAAACGGUAAACUUUUCCACAUCGAUUUCGGCUAUAUACUUGGUCGUGAUCCCAAACCAAUGCCACCGCCCAUGAAAUUGAGCAAAGAAAUGGUUGAAGCCAUGGGUGGUGUUACCUCGGAACAUCAUCAUGAAUUCCGUAAACAAUGUUAUACAGCAUAUUUACAUUUGAGACGUCAUGCAAAUGUGGUGUUGAAUUUAUUCUCUUUAAUGGUCGAUGCUUCUGUGCCAGAUAUUGCAUUGGAACCCGAUAAGGCUGUUAAAAAAGUUGAAGAUAAUCUACAAUUGGGCCUGACCGAUGAGGAGGCAGUUCAACAUUUACAGGGUCUUUUGGAUAUCUCCAUUACAGCUGUGAUGCCUGCUUUGGUCGAGCAAAUACAUAAAUUAGCGCAAUAUUGGCGUAAAUAA